CCCAGAAAAAAAAAAACACAUCGAAAUGAAACGAGAAACAGAGGCAUGCGGUUUGGAAAAAAUCUUGUGGAGCGAGGGAAAGCGAAUCAGAGCUCUCUGACCAGCGAGGCUGCGGAUCACAGAACCGGUGCUUCAGGAAACUAAAUAAAAAACAUGAAUAAUAUGAAUGUAUAUAUCAGGAAGAUAAUUGGAACUGGGAUAGAAGCAAAGCCUCUUUUUUUAAAGGUGCAGUGAUACCGUGGCGAAGCUCGGUGCAGCGCAAUAUAACCAUAACGAAAACGACACACGCAGGAGACGAAGACCUAUUUAUGGAGCUGCGCAGAUACCUGUUGAUCUUGAAAGUCUUCAUCCUUUUGGAAGAGUUCUGCAUCUGUUUCAACAUCGAUGUGAAGAGAGCUCGUAUCUUCAAUGGCCCGGCCGACGCGCUCUUCGGAUACAAAGUCCUGCAGCACGAAGCAGAGGGGCAGAAAUGGAUGCUGGUUGGUGCCCCGUGGGACGGGCCGGCCAAUAACAGGAAGGGGGACGUCUACAAGUGCAUUGUGGGAGAGGAGAGGCACUCGAACUGCACCAAGGUGAACCUGGGAGACACGGCACUCCAGAAUGUAUCCAAGCAGAUCAGAAACACGCACUUCGGAAUGACGCUGGCAGAAAAUAAAGGUGAAGGGUUUGUGGCCUGUGCCCCCCUGUGGUCACAGGAGUGCGGUACCUCGGUUUUCAGCAACGGGAUCUGCGCCAAAGUGGACCAGAACUUCCAUCCGACUGAGACGAUCGCACCGACCGCACAGAGGUGCUCCACCUUCAUGGACAUCGUGAUCGUUCUGGACGGAUCCAACAGUAUCUACCCCUGGUACGAGGUGCAGAACUUUCUCAGCAACAUCCUCAGCAAGUUCCACAUCAGCCCGGAGCAGAUGCAGGUAGGGGUGCUGCAGUACGCGGAGGUCUCGGUUCACGAAUGGUCUCUCCAUGACUACCAGACCACCGAGGAGGUCGUGGAGGCGGCCAAGAACAUCAGCCGGCAGGAGGGGCGCGAGACGAGGACCGCGUACGCCAUCCACAUGGGCUGUUCCGAGGCGUUCAGCCCAGAGAGAGGAGCCCGAGAAGGAGCUACGAAGGUGAUGAUCGUGGUGACGGACGGAGAGUCACAUGAUGGGGAGGAGCUCCCCGAGGCGCUGGCCGAGUGCGAGAAACGAAACAUCACGCGCUACGCCAUCGCGUGGCCGCUGAUCGACCACAACCACUGGUGGCAGGCGUCCGGGAGGCUGGAGAAACCGCGCCCACGGCGGGGACCCAAGCUUCAUCACCAGCCAGGGAGGAGGGACCAGGGGCAGGCCGGAGCUCCUUCGAGGUGCCCCUGCCCGGGAGACCGGAGGACCAGCACUGCGGACACAGCACUCCCUGGGGGAAGGGUCCAGAAGGGGCUGGAGGCGUGGGAGGACAAGCGAGAACAAGAGGCUGAGAAUGAGGAGGAGCCUGAGUCUCUGUCUGCAGGCAUGGUUUUGGGGCACUACAUCCGGAGACAGCAGGACCCCGAGACUUUCAUCAGCGAGAUCAAGUACAUCGCCAGCGACCCCGACGAAAAAUACUUCUUCAACGUGACGGACGAGGCAGCGCUCAACGACAUCGUGGACGCUCUGGGAGACCGGAUCUUCAGCCUGGAGGGGACUCUGGGGUCCAACGAGAGCUCUUUCGAAACGGAGAUGUCUCAGAUUGGAUUCUCUGCACACAUGCUGGAGGACGGUAUCUUGUUCGGGAUGGUGGGGGCCUAUGACUGGGACGGGGGGGUGCUGAAGGAGGGCAGGCAGGGGCGCAUCAUGCCCCCCCGAGAGGCUUUCAAAAAAGAGUUCCCCCUUGAACUGAAAAAGCAUUCUGCUUACCUGGGCUACACGGUUUCGUCCGUGGCGUUGAAGAACGGGAAGCGACCUUUAUGUUGCCGGAGCUCCGCGCUUCAAACACAAAGGGAAAGUGAUCCUCUUCGAUCUGAAAAACAACGGCAACGUCACCAUCGCACAGGCUCUCAACGGAGAGCAAGGUACCCCUCUACUGCACUGCAUCCUGGGACACCUACAGCGACGGCCAAACAGUGUUGCACCCCCCUGUAGAAUGAACGCUUCAUAAAGUCUACCUAACGAAAACACUGACAGCAAUUGAAAAAUGUGACAUUUCGAAAUCUAACAUGAAACACUGUACUGCUGUCCAUGGCUUCCUUCCGGUAGACUUCUUUUUCAUAUCAUUUUGUAGUUUCUUUGCCAUCAUGUU